AUGUUAGGAUUUACCAGUUCAGGUAAUGUUGGUGUCCAGAGCUGGAACUCCAACUCUGUAUCGAUCACUGGUCCUGUAGUUACAACUAAUGUGUGGACGCAUCUGGCAGUGACUUAUGAACCCUCAUAUGGACUUCGACUGUAUGUUAACGGAGCUCAAUAUGGAUCAGCUUCUGGCAGCUAUACCUAUCAAGCCGCUGGUACUCCUGUUUCACUCUUAUUAGGUUCAUCUCUCAGUGGCUUAGGCGCAUGUGCAUCAGGUGUAAUUACAAUGGGUCAAUACAAUGGCUAUAUCGACGAAUUCGAAUUAUAUUCGAGAGAGCUCUCUGCGGCUAAUGUUUACAGUCUUGCAAAUCCAUAA